GAUGCUGUUGGUUCCAAAUCAGAAAACCGCCACACCAAACAGGGCCUAGUGGUAUCAAGUGGCGAGGACAGUUCGUUACGAACCUUGGACCGGGCUGCACACAAAAUCCGGAACGUCUAGCCGAGGGCGAUUUUGGCAAACAGUGCGUUUAUUGUUUUUGGACUUGCUCAGUGGUUUGCUGCUAAGUGCUAUCGAAAUUACAUGCUGUUAUUCACUAAAUGUCCUUGUUUCCCGUUGCUACGUUUCACUCGGUGACACAUUUCGCUUUUAUUGCCUACCGAUGGCCGUGGAAUCUACUAUAAUAGUGACUCCCUUGACGCUGACCCGGUUGAUUGCAGAUUCGAAUGCCACCGCAAGUGUCGGCUGUGUGUUUUAUAAAUAAAGUGGUGACGCGCGCUCACCGGUUGGACCACUAUUUGUUGGAUAUAGAACCGAUCGCCACUAGAACUGGCCAGCCAUUAGGGGGCACCAUUCGCAAACAAUAAAGGUGUGAAUCUCUUCUCUUCAGUGCGGGUGUGUAUCGAUCGCUGUGUCUGUGUGUCAGGUGGAAGAGGUUGCGAUCAUCGUACACGCGGUGCUGCUCGGAGAUAAACAAACAAUGUCGGUUGGCGGAGAAUUAGCGAUCGUUCGAUGAGCAACAAGCUUCGAAGUGUCCCGCCGCCGGCUACAAUCUUCUCGGACAAAAGUGGGUUCCGUUUAAAUCGGUGAUCACGCUGGACGCGGACAAUAGGGUCGGUUAGCUGCAUACUGUAUAUAGAGUGGUUGGUGAUAGUGUGAUCUGAUGGACUACGCGGGGAUCGCUUGAAAACCGUUUUCAAUAGGUUUGUAGUACGUUUUUGCACCCAUUUACUGGCGGAAUUUAUCGAGAGCGUUGCGUGUUUGUUGUUGUUGUUCGGAAACGUGUUUUGAAGCAGCAUUUUUUGCUUCUCAUUCAACUGGAAAGAAUUAAUUGGGCAUAAACAGCGAUUGUCCCAGCUCCUCGUCCGCCGAAGGCUCAGUUAAAAUAAUUACGCAACGUAAUUAGGACACUGGCGGAUAUCCUGUGAUUGAUACCAUCCCCGCCAAAAACGAUCAAAGGAAGAAAAAGGACGUGCGGUGAAUCAUAAAUUAUACGGAUUUUCAAAGCGGUGACAGCAUUUAAUCUGAGAACAGUUCCACGGCGAAUGUCCUGCAUUUGAUUACCCCCAUCCCAAAGGGAAAGCAAAAUGACAAGAAUAAACACCGUCGUUUAAAAGUGAAGUGCAAGCAAUUUUCUUACUGGUGGACGCUGGCCGAUAGUGGUGCCGGGCUGGGUGCGGUGAAAGUCCGUGCUAGUGGGAAUAGUGAAAAGGCGAAAUCAUAAUGUUGGUGUGCUAAGUGGAAACAGACGGAAGCUGGUAUCGGUUCCUGUGUUGCCAUCAGAGAAGAGCUGUCACAGUAGAAACUUCGCAGUGUGUUGCGGCAAACGACCAAAGUUGCUAAAAAGGAUAAGCAGCAAAGUGCUACGUGGGAUUCCGCCUCAUUUUAUCUCAUUCAUCAACCUAAAAUGUAUCCACCAUCGUUCCGCGGUGCAAUUUUAAUUGACCAUUAACAUGGAAACCAGUCCCGACGAUAGAUGUGCACUACAGAACCUAGCCACGGCGACGCAGCGUUCGGACAACACCAACCGUACCGAUUUAGUGGGAUCAUCAUCAUCAUCUUCGCAAUCUACACCGCAGCUGGCGCUACCAACAAUCACAACGAAAAUAUCGCAACUUUUGACAGAUCUCAGUGUGGCUUCCCCUUCCCCCCGCAUCGGUGUUUCGGUUCCCGAGUCCUCCUACGAUAGAGACGGCAUCGUGCCGAACGUAAAUAUUAGUGCUUUGUUUCCGUUGAAUAGUUUUGUGACAAUAAACUUCAGUAGCGUCCCCGGAACGGUCCCAGCAACGACGGCUGACGAUCAGAAUCGUACUGAUGGAAGAUUCGCUAUCGGAGUUCCCUUCGGCUGUGGCGAACGGAACUUUGCCGAUUUGGCGAACGCGUUCGGUGGCGGUAGUGGCCAUUUGGCUGGCGGUUCCGGCCCAGACUUUGGCCCCAAACUGGAAGUUUCGAAAACGACGGACGACGGUGGUCCGCACCUGCUGAUUGCCAACUGGCAGGACUGCGUGAUUGUGGUGCUGUUCUGUUUACUGAUCGUGGUGACUGUGAUUGGCAACACGCUGGUGAUCCUAUCGGUGAUUACGACCCGGCGCUUGCGAACCGUGACAAACUGCUUUGUGAUGAGCCUGGCGGUGGCGGACUGGCUUGUGGGAAUUUUUGUGAUGCCACCGGCAGUUGCGGUUCAUUUACUGGGAUCGUGGCCGCUCGGAUGGAUACUGUGUGAUAUAUGGAUCUCAUUGGAUGUUCUACUGUGUACAGCGUCAAUCCUUAGCUUAUGUGCAAUUAGUAUAGAUAGAUAUUUGGCGGUAACACAGCCACUAAACUAUUCUCGCCGCAGACGAUCGAAGCGGUUGGCUCUUCUGAUGAUAUUGGUUGUCUGGGUUCUAGCACUGGCCAUCACGUGCCCGCCCAUACUCGGCUGGUACGAGCCGGGCAGACGCGAGCUGGACCAGUGCCGGUACAACCAGAACGAGGGAUACGUCGUGUUCUCGGCCAUGGGCUCGUUCUUCAUUCCGAUGGCCGUCAUGAUCUACGUGUACGUGCGGAUUUCCUGCGUCGUCGCAUCCCGCCACGACAAGAUGACGGAGAUAGAAGUGCAUAAGAAAAGCCAUCGGACACGUGAUACCGACGAGGAAUGUUAUCAUUUCGCCUCGGAGAUCGAUCCGGCCCAGUUAAGCCCCAAGCGGAAACGUUCCUCGUCCCAGCUAUCGACCGCAACCACGACAUACGUGACCCAGCAAGGCGGAGGCUCCUGCAGUAAUGCUGCGGCCAGCGGAGGUGACGACUGUUCGAUGCCUCUCAAAAAGAACCACAAGAAUGGGCACUACGAGCUUGUCGACAUCAAUUCAACAGCGAAAACCGCAAUCUGCCCGGUGGGCAGUGCCGUUGGUGGUGGGGGUGGUGGUGCUGGUGCCGACGCCGAUGGUUCCCAGUGCAGUCAACAUUCGCCAGCGUUGAAACGAAAUUCGUCGAUGCACUACAAGCUGGCCUCCUCGACGGAACUCUGGUCGUCGGCCAAUAACGUUUUCAAUCAACAGCCAAAACCACAAACGGCAAAUCAUCCGGGUGGUCUGCGGCGUACCAAUACCAUUAGUAACUCAAUUAUGGCGACGACUACGUCGGUGACUACCGGACGCAAUAUGCGCAUCCAUCAGAAAUCUCUCUCGUCGCGAAUACUGUCGAUGAAGCGCGAGAACAAAACUACCCAAACGCUCAGCAUCGUGGUCGGGGGCUUCAUCGCCUGCUGGCUUCCCUUCUUCAUACAUUACCUCCUGACACCGUUCCUGCCGAAGGAGCUGGCCGCACCGAAGCUGGGCGAAUUUUUCACCUGGCUCGGCUGGAUCAACAGUGCCAUCAAUCCGUUCAUCUAUGCGUUCUACAGCGUGGACUUUCGGGCAGCCUUCUGGCGCCUGACGUUGCGGCGAUUUUUCCGAAACAGUGAGAAAGCACCUUUCUCCAACAUUCACAACAUGUCGAUGCGAAGAUAAAGUAGGAAGAUUUACACGUUCCCGAAAUGAAGCACUCGGGAGAUCAGCCAUCAUUCAAUAUGUGUCUGUGUUUUAUGGUCAGCUUUUAGACUCAGUUUCCGGUUUGGACACCGGCGAGUUGCUACAUAUAUAUAUACAAUAUGGUUGGAUUAUGUACGACUGUCCCCUUUUUUACUGCCCAGUCUAUCCAUGUUAUCGUUGCUGUUGUUGUUGUUGUUCGUAGAGCUAUAUGCGAAAUAAAGUAACGACUUUGAUAAUAUCCUUUCCUCGAUAAUUUUGGUUUUGCUGCAGAAGGAUUCUCAAUUUUUUUUUGCUGAGUGCAUAUGGUUUUCUGCAUUGAAAUAAAGUUAUAAAUUACUAGUC